UUCCAUUGACAGAGGUUCCCGUUUCACGGGCCUUGCGUGCCUCACCGUGCCAUCGCUUCCUUUGCCUGCAGUUCGUUGUGAGCGGGAAGCGGUGACGUCUGGAAACCAUUGGACCACCGAAACGCCAUGCUGCACAUGGAGGCUCCGCCGGAGGCUCGUGGCAAACUGGAGUCCUUCGAUUGCAAGGAGGAUGUGUACAAGGAGUUGGACACGGGAGCCACGGCGAUCAUGUUGAGGCGGCUACCAGCCAAGUUCACGGCGGAAUCGCUGAUUCAGGUGCUGGAUGAGAUCACACCAGGCCGCUACAACUUUGUCUACGUGCCCCACGACAAGCGCAAGCUCCGAAACUUGGCGCUCGCCUUCGUGAACUUCAGCGAGCCUUCUGCAGCACAGCAGGCCUAUGACUUUUUCAAGAACGUGAAACACCCGGUGAUGGGCCCCAGCGUGCGAGUCUGUCAGGCAGAUAUCCAAGGCCUUGGCAGCAAUCUGGCCUAUUUCAUGGCAAGGUUUGGACUACAAGAGAUGGGCAAUCCGCACGCACCAAUGGUCUUCGAAAACGGAGUUCGUCAAACCAACAUGGUGGAGGCCGUGAAACGCCACGUGACGGUGGACUUGCUCGUGCAAGCCCACAACCGGAUGGAAAUGCAAGCCAUGAAGAUCGCUGCUCCUCAAGCCGCUCCAGGGCCGGUGACACAGUGGGCAUCCCAGUCGCCAGCCUCCAGGAGGAGCAGUCCUCCAACAACACCAGUUCCAGCAAGCAGGGCUUCGUAUGCAUUGCCCUGCCCACCCGAUAUUCCGAUGCCAAGCUUCUCACAGCCUUGCCAAGGAGCCAUGGCGCCGUACAGUUUUCAAGGCCGGCGCCAUGGGAUGCGGGGGAACGACUCCGUUCCCUUCAAGGAGCAGGGUCGACAGAGCUUCUUUCUCUAAAACGCCAGGCAACCAGGCUGCAGGAUCGUCAUGUCUUCCUGAAGGGUGGUGUUUUUCGGUUUGUUAUUUUCUCUUGGGCCUCUUUUUGAGACGGUUGAAAUAGCUCCCAAGGUGAGGCAGGCCGCCUUGGCCGGAUUCAGAGUAGAUGGCACAAUGUUUGAGAGGUGGUUCAUGACAAAUGGAGCCCCAUCCUCUUGGGGUGCCAAAAAGACUUUUAGAUCAGACUGGAUACUCCCCGCCAAGCACCGGGUUUCGAGGACACUGCGAUCAAAAGACACACCAGUGACUUCUCUGGGUGGACGCCGCGAAUCGUCUCACUUUAAUUGUUCAGCAUGGUUCAGCUGUGCAGCUGUGCCAUGGGCAUCAAAUCUGGGACUCAGCUCGUUUCACUCCGGGGAGAUUGACUCAUCAAGGGGUCUUUGAUGUUGGGGUCUUUGAUGGUCGACCUGCAAUCCCCCAAAAAGACCUACCAGGGGCCUCACAAACCAGCAAAGACCUGGUUUUCCC